AUGGAGAUUGCUUUGCUUUGCUUGUUCGAAGUGGCCUACCGCCCCAGAACUAUUGCGGUAGAUGGAGUGGCGCUGCGGGCACCAGAGUCAGUGCUGCUGGAGCUGGGCUUUGAACCCGAAGCACUGGAAGCAUUCUCCAUGCCAGGCUUCUCUAGCAUAGAUGCAGACGGCAACCUUGUGGCGGCACCCGAGGAAGAGGACUCCGACGAAGAUGCGGAGGAGCAGGAGGAGAACGGGCCGCCGCCCCCUCCAGAUGACGAGGCUUCUGAGGAUGCCUUCGACCUCGCAGCACUUCAAGCAGCUGCAAAAUGGGCAGCCAUCGAUGAUGCAGCUCUCCGG